AUGCUGGAGAGUCGCGCUAGACUCAAAGACAACAGCGACAGACCAAACGUGGUCCACUAUGUCCCGGGGGUUUUCAAUCCACCAUGGGAUCAGGUCCGCGAAGAAGAUGAGGAGGACGAGGAGGCAGACCAAGACGAGGAGGCAGACCGAGGUGACGAGGAGCAGGAGCAAGAGGACGAGGAUGACUUUGGCCAGAUACUCAUCGAUCGGCUGCAAGAGACAUUGGACAAAAGCGUGGAGGCCGAGGGGGAACAGAACGAGGAAGAGGAGAAUGACGACAACUAUUAUGAUGACCAAGUUGAAGAACAAAUUGAAGCCCGGACCAACGAUCAAGAAGAGCAACCCGUCGCGUGCACUUACGAUCCGCUAGUAGCCCCUGCACAAGCCGCCGUCGACGAAGGGCAAGCUAUCGUCUUCAAAGACGUACCUAUGGCAAAGAGGCCCAGAGAUGAUGGCGAUAAUCCAAAGAAUCAAUUAGCAGGAUUAGCAAGAUCAUCCAAACGCCAGAAGAUACUGGUCUACGGCGAGCAAGCAAAUCUGACCGAAAUGAUGAACACACAAAAGAACACCGGCCCUACAGCUUCCACUCUUGCACGGUCUAGGGCCGCAAAAGCAGCACUUCCACGGGGUGACUGGCCACAUCUACGCUCCGCAAAGACCUUCUCCGGCUUCUCGCUUGUCGAACAAUCACAGACGUUGAAGGAUUGGAUGUCAGACAUCGAAGACUAUGUGGAGUCUAUUCAAGCUGGUGCAAUCCCGUCGUCGAAAGUCCUUGCUUUCUUUCAACGUGUCAACGUUCAUCUCAAUUGUGUUACAGAAACACUUGAUGAUAUCGCCCUCGGCAAUGAACGUCUCACCGCUAUCACGCAAUCGUUCAGGAGGAAAUGA